UGUCCCUCCGCGCUGCCCGUCGCCGGCUCGCCUCUCGGAGCCGGAGCUGACGUGUAGCUGUCCCAGCGGCGAUGGCGGACGCUUGGGAAGAGAUCCGGCGGUUGGCGGCUGACUUCCAGCGGGCGCAGUUCGCCGAAGCCACGCAGAGGUUGUCAGAGCGGAACUGCAUUGAGAUUGUGACUAAGUUAAUUGCUCAGAAACAACUAGAAGUAGUUCACACACUUGAUGGAAAGGAAUAUGUCACUCCAGCCCAAAUUAUUAAAGAGAUGAGAGAUGAACUACAUGUCCGAGGUGGUCGAGUAAAUAUUGUUGAUCUACAACAGGUUAUUAAUGUGGAUUUGACUCAUAUUGAAAAUAGAAUUGGUGACAUUAUUAAAUCAGAAAAGCAUGUCCAGCUAGUACUGGGACAACUGAUAGAUGAAAACUAUUUGGAUCGAUUAGCAGAAGAAGUAAAUGAUAAGCUGCAAGAAAGUGGUCAAGUAACCAUAUCAGAAUUAUGUAAAACUUAUGACCUUCCUGGAAAUUUCCUGACACAGGCAUUAACUCAGCGACUUGGCAAAAUUAUCAAUGGGCAUAUUGAUCUUGAUAACAGAGGAGUAAUCUUUACUGAAGCCUUUGUAUCUCGCCAUAAAGCACGCAUCCGAGGACUGUUCAGUGCUAUUACCCGGCCCACAGCAGUGAAUUCCUUGAUUUCAAAGUACGGAUUUCAAGAGCAGCUUCUUUACUCUGUGCUCGAAGAGCUUGUUACUAGUGGUCGAUUACGAGGCACUGUGAUUGGUGGGAGACAAGACAAAGCUGUGUUUGUGCCUGACAUCUAUUCCAGAACACAGAGUACUUGGGUGGAUUCUUUCUUCAGGCAGAAUGGAUAUUUAGAAUUUGAUGCUCUGUCCAGACUUGGAAUCCCAGAUGCUGUUAGCUACAUAAAAAAAAGAUAUAAGACUACACAGCUCCUGUUUUUGAAGACAGCUUGUGUUGGUCAAGGUCUUGUGGAUCAGGUGGAAGCAUCAGUGGAGGAAGCCAUCAGCUCUGGAACCUGGGUUGACAUUUCACCCCUGCUUCCCAGUUCUAUAUCAAUUGAAGAUGCUUCCAUGUUGCUUCAGCAGGUGAUGAGACUGUUCAGCAAACAGGCUUCAGCUACAGUCUUUAGUGACACCGUUGUAGUCAGUGAAAAGUUUAUAACUGACUGCAUAGAUCAGUUCAGUGAACUAAUGCACCAGAAAGCUGAAAAGGAAAUGAAAAAUAAUCCUGUGAAUUUAAUCACUGAAGAAGAUCUGAAACAAUUCUCCAUUUUAGAAAAUGUUAAUGCAAAUAAGAAGGAUAAAAAGGAUGAGCGCAGGAAGAGAGCAACAGAGGGUAGUGGCAGUGUGAGAGGAAGCAGUGGGAGCAAUGCCCGCGAAUACAAAACUAAAAAAAGCAAGAAGAAAGGAAGAAAAGAUGAUGACAGUGAUGAUGAAUCUCAGUCAUCUCACACAGGAAAGAAGAAGCCAGACAUUUCUUUUCUGUGCCAGGAUGAGAUUGAAGAUCAUUUGAUAAAACAUGUACAAGAUGCAUCUGAGGAGUUUAUUUCUGAACUUGCUGAAUACUUAGUAAGACCUCUUAAUAAAGCAUAUCUCGAAGUGGUACGUUCAGUGUUCAUGUCUUCAACUUCUGCUUCUGGAGCUGGCAGAAAACGCACCAUCAAAGACCUACAAGAAGAGGUUUCAAACCUAUACAAUAAUAUUAGGUUGUUUGAAAAAGGGAUGAAGUAUUUUGCAGAUGACACUCAAUCUGCUCUUUCCAAGCACUUGCUGAAGACAGUGUGUACUGACAUCACGAACCUCAUUUUCAACUUCUUAGCUUCAGAUUUGAUGAUGGCGGUAGAUGACCCUGCAACCAUUACAAGUGAAGUAAGGAAAAAAAUUUUAAGUAAAUUGUCAGAAGAAACCAAAGUAGCUCUCACAAAACUCCACAAUUCUCUUAAUGAAAAAAGCAUAGAAGACUUUCUGUCUUGUCUGGAUUCUGCAGCAGAAGCUUGUGAUAUUAUGGUAAAAAAAGGAGACAAGAAAAGAGAACGACAAAUACUAUUCCAGCAUCGACAAGCACUGGCUGAACAACUGAAAGUCACGGAAGACCCCGCUCUUAUUUUGCACCUCACAUCAGUCCUGUUAUUUCAGUUCUCAACCCACAGCAUGCUCCAUGCACCUGGAAGAUGUGUUCCACAGAUCAUAGCUUUUCUUAAUCAUAGAAUUCCAGAGGACCAGCAUACUCUUUUGGUAAAGUAUCAAGGUUUGGUUGUGAAGCAGUUAAUCAGUCAAAAUAAGAAGACUGGGCAGGGAGAUGAUCCCUCCAAUGAUGAGUUAGACAAAGAACAGCAGGAUGUCACCAAUACUACUCGUAAAGAGCUUCAAGAACUUUCUCUAUGCAUUAAAGACCUUGCUCUGAAAUCCAGGAAAUCAUCUGUGACAGAAGAGUAGUGACCCUCCAUGUGUUAUUUAGUGGGCAUUUUCCUCCCAUAGUUAAAAGUUGAGUGAUCACAAACAAUAGACAUGGUCUCUACUCCCCUGUCAGCCCUUCUCUAUGCAGAAUUCAAAUAAAAUAAUGGUGGUGUCUUAAAUGUCAACCUUACGAAGAUGUGAAUUUUUAUAAAUUGGAUUCUCUCUGAAAGUUUUUCUCUUCUCAUAAAUUCAGUCUGUAAUAUUUUUUCAUACGGAAUUAUUUUUGCUUAGUUCCAAAAGAUAUCGUAUAUUUCAGGCUUGUUUUCUUCGAUACUAAGUAAAGAAUAAAAUGUGUGUAUUUUUCAUCUCUAGGAAAAAUCUUUCUCAUCUGCUAUUUGAUUUUAAAUAACAUUCCUAUACUUGCAUACAUUUAUGGAGAAACAAUGUAGUCAUGUUUUUUAAAAAAAGAAAACUGCUUUUUUGUGUCAGACAAAACUGAAUUAUGAACUUUUAAAGUAAUAGAGAAUGCUUUGAAUAAACGCUAAAAAGAUAUUCAUUUUUAUUAUGAAGCCUUGGCUUUUUUUUUUUGCAGAUAGAUGGGCUUCCCCGUGCAACUUUUCAAGGGCCGCUGGGGUGCUUUCACAUAUGAAAACACCAGAAGGGCCCCUACCCUGUCCACUCUUGGAAACAAGCUGCUAACCACAGUGACAGGAAAGACAAAAUUACUGCUAACAGGUGUAAGUCACACCUUACAUUGCACUACAGACUACAGAUGCACUGCAUAGUUUCUAGUAACCCAGUUUGCAUUUCUAAAGUCAUGUCAGUAGCUACUCUGACAUCUAAUACGUUAUAAGAACCUGUAGGACAGUUAGGUUGCUUUUCCCAGUGAUAACCUAUAAAUGCAUUUUAAUCAUAAGAACCUUUUUU